AUGGUUGGAUUUGCUCUCAAUGGAGGUGGUUCAGCAUCGUUUUCAAUCACACUCCAUAGAUCAUGUGCCUGGAGGCUUCAAUGCUGCACUUCUAGUUACUUUGCUGCUGCUAAGCUUGACAGUAGCUGGCUGCUGGUUCCAUGUUGCAUUGCAGUCCAGCUUUCAACAAAGAGAAAGAAGAGCUACUCUCCAUUGGUGUUGAAGGGAUCGGAGCUACUCUCCAUUGGUGUUGAAGGGAUCGUUUUAUACAAAUUAGGUUCUAAUUACUAUCCCAUGGUAGGGGCUUCAGCAAAAGUAAAAUGUGUAGCAGUUGAUGAGGUUGGGCUGGGCAAAACUGUCCCAAUAUGCAGUGUAGUAACUGAUGCAAAGGGUUACUUCUUUACAACAUUAUCUGCUUUAAACCUUAAAGAUUGCAAGGCUUUCCUUGAAAAGUCUCCAUUAGAAAGCUGCAAUGUUCCAACAGAUGUGAACAAAGGGAUAAGUGGUCCUCCUUUUUCAGGCUAUCGUGUUUUGAAUCAGAAGCAUACCAAGUUGUAUUCAUUGGGGCCUUUCUUCUUCACCUCUGGACCUAAAUCAGUCCCUAAUGGUUACUAG